CAUUCACCUCCAACUGGGAUCAUACCUAUCACUUACAGCGAAGGCAACACAAUGAUUUUCACCUGAGAGGAUUCCAAAUUAAUUUCGGAUUAAUUUCCAUUGAGAGAUCACUGACAUUUUCUUUAAUCAUGGCCAUUUUCUUAUAAAAUGUGGAUAUUUCAAACUACUUGAUUUCUUUUAGAAUUCGCUGCAGAUAGUUUCAAAGGCAUAGAUUUUUGAUUGACAACUUAUCAAUUAGGCACCUGGUAAUUUAGGAGAUGAUGUCUAGGUUGCAGCAAUUGCUCCUGUUGUGGUGCGCCAUUGCUCUUACUUGGGCACCAGUCGCAUCCAGCGAUGUGAUGGAGAACUCUUUGACAGAUGUCCAUGAUGGAAUUAAAGAGCAACUAGAACAGACCGACAGACCACUUCUGGAUGAUGAAAUGGACAACCAGGAGAACGUUUUAACUCAGGUAUUUACGACCUUGCUCUGGAUUUGUUCGGAUUGAUUAGAUAGGCUAGUUUUACACAUAGCCUACCUAUCCAAAGCCAGGUAAGGCAGUUCAUGAGAACAGGGGUGAGGAAGAAAAAUGACAUUUUCCCAAGCAUUAUAAUACCGUUUGAGUAUAGAAUAUUAAUAAUUGAUACUUGAUAGUCUAUGAAUACUGGCCUGGGAAAAGUUUAACUAUUAUGUUGCGCACUUAUCAUGCGUAAUUACACAUGCACUCAGCGCAUUGCCAUUUUAGUCAGUAUUGGCGUUUUGCAAUGAACCAUAAAGCAUCUGCAAAGCGAUAAGUUGAAGGUGGUUGUUUUGCCCAGCAAACCAGAAUUGGUUCUGUGAACGUUCCCAGAGCAUUCAUUAGGUUGCCCCAAAAGUUAUAACACAAAAACGGUCCAGUUGUGCUGAUGAUUAUACAAUGUUUGUAUUAAACAUUUGCCUGAUGUUGCAAGAACAUUCCCAGAACCCAUUUUGUUAUUACAUUACCUGGAAACCUAAUAAGAACCUUAGGGGAAUGUUCUGUGGUGGUUGUGACAGAUGUUGUGCACAACAUUUUAGCGAACAUUAGGAGAACAUUCCAAAGAUAUUUCAUUUAAAACAUUUUCUGGGAAGGAAGAAAAAACAUUUUGUUAUCAAAAACAUAAUUUGAAUGUUUUUGAGAUGUUAUCAUCCUAGAUAAAGCCCUUACUUUAUGGGAAUGUUAGCGAAUGUCCUGGGAAUGGUCCCGGUCUGCUUGGUAGUUACUUUGUAAGUGGUUAAAACAACAGUAUUUGUUCGACAUUAGUCGAUUUUUAGUCAUUAAACCAUUUUCAAUGUGCAGUGUGCAUAGAGUAUUUGGUAUCUGAGAGAUGAGAUGGUAGUUUUCCCUAUGUAGAGUUAAAUGUAUGCAUUCUCAUUAAUAUGCUGUGUUGAUCCAUAUAAGUAAUCAAUUUAAAUAGUUCCUUAUAUCCUAUAAGUAAUUGCACCAAUGCAUGUGUCUGUCAAUGCCUUGUGACUGUGUGAAUUGUGUAAUGCUGUGCUCCUCAUUGGUGGACUACCCAUGCUCUACCCAUCUCUUCUCCGUUGUAGCUGCUGGGUGAUUAUGACAAAGUGAAAACGCUGUCGGAAGGCUCUGACUGUCGCUGUAAAUGUGUUGUCAGACCCCUGAGCAGAAGUGCCUGCAGGCGGAUAGAGGAGGGUGCCGCAAAGGCUGAAGACUUUUACACAGUGGAGACUGUGACAUCAGGGCCCAACUGUAAAAAGUGUACAUGUAUAGCCCCGCCUUCUGCUCUGAAUCCCUGCGAGGGAGAUUACAGGUUCAAGAAGCUGCAGGAAGCCGGGAAAGAUGACAUCAAGGUAAUACACAAGCACCUGCCACUCUCUGAGGGGAAACAACAUGACACUGGUUCCCUCUUAAAACAACCCCCAUCUGUGUAUUAUCUUUGUCAAACAAGGAGUUACCCCAUGUCCCUUUCCAAUGGAAUAUUUCCUCAUACUGUAUUUGAUCUGAUGGAAAUGUCCACAUCAUAAGCGGUUAUUGAAUACAGCAUACAUGACAGUAAGACUUUACAACUAAAAUAACAGGGAAAAAUGUACUGUGAUGAUUCUGACUACUGUGAUCUUUCUUUUACAGCUCUCAACAAUAAUGGAGUUACUGGAGGGAGCGUUUUACGGGAUGGAUCUGUUAAAGUUACACUCAGUUACAACUAAACUCCUCAACAGGGUUGACAAUAUAGAAAAGGUUUGUAUACUGACACUCAUACGCAUUUCACAGUCAUAGCUUAUAUACCUUAAAGUCUGUGUUUGUGGUACUGGCUUCUCACCCUUUUGCGUUGCCUCUGUGGGUGUCCAGACCUUUUCUCCUAACCACACGGAGAAGGACAAAGUGAGUGUGAGGAGUCGCUCUAGCGAGGAGAAUGAGAGAGAGAAGGAGAGAAGAGCACAGCAGAGGAUGGAAAAGAGAAAACGUCUAACUGAGCUGGAGCCAUCCCUGCAGAAGGAUACGGCCGCAGCCUAUGCUAACACAGAGGUAACGCGCACGCACACACACACUAUGCUAACACAGAGGUAACCAAGGCUGUCAGCCACUCUAGACUUAAGAGUGGAAACGAUGGCAAGGCAUUAAGGUAGCCAGUAGCCUGGCAGCGUCUUUAAUACAGUGUGGCGAGUUCCAAAGUAGUCUGGUUUCUUGACUACAACAGUUUCCAGACAGCCCAGAAAACAAUUUGACCUCAGAGUAUUUGACAAUAAAAUGAUUGUCUUACUUUGAACCUCGACUGCAUUAAUUUUCACAAAACCAAUGCGAUCAAAAGCAUAACAUUUGGUUCUGUAGCCUAGUAUUACAAUUUAGAAUCAGAAACAGAAACCUUUACUGCCAUCCAACAAACAAAUGGUUGCUAAGAAUUUAUUGUGUAGUUAAAGUUCAACUUGUAUAGUACAGUUGUCUCACUAAAAGCUUUACGAUAACAUGUGUGAUUUGGUCCUUUGUGAUUGGAUCCUCCUAUAGAAAAAGUAUGAGGAGCGCUACGUGGGGGCCAAGGGCCAGGGGGCCACCAGGCCCAUGCUGAAGAGGAGCCAGCCGGAGGACAGGGAGGAGCCCCAGUGGCCCCUGAAAGGCAAGGUGGGGCCCAACGGCAUGGUCAUCAGAGGGGUGACCUUCUACAAGGCCAACACAGUGGACGAUGGAGGCGCUGAGGAGCUCAGUAAGUCCAUUAAUAUACUGGACAUACUAGAAUAACUAACAUAGCAGUAGUCCAUCCAGUUCAGAACAUACAGCAAAUCUUCCCAUUGAUUUUAGUGUUGAAGGCUUCUUUUGGGGGGUCUCUACAUUGGGGCUGUGCCUAUAGACAUGUUUUGUUCUGUGUUUUUAAUAGGACAUUGGAGAGGCUUCUUGAGUACAUUGGUGUAGAUGCUUCUUAACCCUUUGUGCUGCUCAUUCACCACCAGCAGCAGAGGAAGCCCUGAGCGGUGAUGGUUCCAUGGACCUGCUCAUCGAUGACCAGCUCCUGAGACCCACCCAGCCCAGACCUGUGGCAGGCCCCCCGACACCUGCAUCCCAAGACAGGAAGGGGAACCCAGACGACCAGGCCACUCAUGCCCCCAAAACAGCCCCUAGUCCCCAAAGGAAUCCCACUACAUCUGCCCCUGGAGCUACCGGGACACCAUCAACCACUGUGUCCAUCCCGACCACCAUUCAAACCACAACUACGACUGCAACAACCACCACUACCACAACGGUUGCGCCCACCUCAACCACCACUCAACCAGCGACCACUAGAAAACCUGAAACCUUGUCUGUUUUGACCACGUCUCCAACCACUGCACUGCGACAUGUCAACAGCACCACAGCUCCACCCAGCAAGGUGACUAGUGCGCCCAGACCCAAGCAUCACAUCAGCUGGACAGAGGGCCACUCAGAGGUUCCCUCGGCGAUCCCUAAAGUCCCUGGUAAAAAAAUAUAUUUGGUCGAUUUGAUUUUCCAAAGUUACAUUUUAAUUUGAUGCUGAAAUAAAGCCUUAUGGUGUGUUAUACACCAUAUUGAUAUUUUCAGGGGGAAAAGAGUGUUAUUUGUUCGAUCUUUAAAUACUUGAAGAAAGUACAGAUGUUGUCUUUAUCUCUGUAUGUUUACUUACAGGCAUGUGCAAAGACACUCUGGCCACCAUCUCUGACCCAGUGACCCAUAAUACCUACGGCCGGAAGGAAGGGGCCUGGAUGAAGGACCCGAAGGGCAACGGAAAUGUAAUCUAUGUCACCAACUACUACUAUGGCAACAACCUACUGGAAUUCCGCGACAUGGACACCUUCAAACAAGGUAUUCUCACAAUUGACUAGUCCCAAAACCGAGUAGCUGUUUUUGUUCUGGGUGCCAAGAUUACAAGACAAACAUGGCAAUAGAUUAAUGUAAUGGUGGAAUUUGAUUUGUGCAAUGUGCGUUGCUCAGUAUUUAGAAUACUCUUAUUUCUGCAUUGUCUUGUUUCCUGUCAGGACGCUUCACCAAUUCCUACAAGCUGCCGUACAACUGGAUCGGCACGGGCCACGUCGUAUACAAUGGAGCCUUCUACUACAACCGGGCCUUCUCCCGUGACAUCAUCAAGUUUGACCUGCGUCUGCGCUACGUUGCGGCCUGGACAACGCUGCACGAUGCAGUGUUCGAGGAGGAGGACACCUCAUGGAGGUGGCGAGGACACUCGGACAUCGACUUUGGGGUGGACGAGAGCGGACUGUGGUUGGUGUACCCUGCGCUGGACGAGGAGGGCUUCCACCAGGAAGUAAUCAUGCUAAACCGUGUGAACCCGGCUGACCUCAGCCUCCAGAGUACGUUCAGAACAGGCCUGAGGAGACACUUCUACGGAAACUCCUUUGUCAUCUGUGGCGUCCUGUACGCGGUGGACAACUAUGAGCGUAUCCACGCCAAUAUAUCCUACGCCUUUGACACACACACACACACCCAGAUGAUCCCCAGAUUACCGUUCACGAACAACUACACGUACACGACGCAAAUCGACUACAACCCCAAGGACAAAAAGCUGUACACAUGGGACAACGGUCACCAGGUGACCUACGAUGUUAUAUUUGCAUAUUAAAACCUGUGGAGUAGUGAUAUAAUAAAAAGGGACCAGCACUUUUUUGUAUAAAAGUAAAAAUAAAAUAAAAAUGUAUGUCUUAGUGGCUUGUAGAGCAGUCUACAGGGCCAUCAUGUUUUGUACUGUAUAAUCCCAUUUUUGUUGCUCUGUCUUUUAUUGCUAAAAAUGUCCAUGUUGUCCCAGCGCAUGUUGUUGUAUUUUAUAUAAUGGUCACAGUCUUUAACUGCCCAAAAAUGCAGCAGGCAACAUCAUUCAGCGAAGCAAGACAAGGUAUUUUCUUACUGCUUGUUAGAAGUUUAAAGUAUAUGUUGUAUAUACUGUAAUUUAAAAUACAACUUUUAAUAAAAUAUGCAUUCAAACAUGAAUGCUGACACACAAACAAGUCAUCAAUAUUAGGAUUUGUAUUGUCCAUGGUUUUAUUUCUGAAAACAUUUUUAAGGUGCUGCAAAUACCAUGACAAACCCUUAAGCAACUCAAACAAAAUUAAGUCAUUAUUACACCCUCAUUUUACAAAUUUCUGUAAAUAAUGGCCACAUUAUAAUUUACAUUUACAUCAUGUUUGUAUGAUACAUACU